AUGGAAGAGUACUUUUCUGCCAUCCGCAAGAUGGAACAUGUGGUUAUGUUUCCCAGCCUCCUCAGAGGUGUCUACAUGGAACAGCAGAAUGAUGUAGCUACUGAUGAUUUUGGCAACAGGGACCUGUAUGAAUAUUACCUCCAGCUGAAAUCCAUCAAACUUGCGAUGGAGGGUCGAUUAGUGCCUCUAAACGAAAGCAAACACCAGAUCAUCACCAGCAGAGAGGAAGCACAAGAAAACGGAGAGGAGGCUGAUCUUGAACAACUGCUUUAUUAUCACUUUACAGGCUUGUAUCGUGUCCUGAGCCACCUGACCAGAAAAGCCAAUGCCCUGACCAGAAAAUACAAUGAAAUUAUAGGACAAAUUAACCAGAGUGAAAUUACGCUUACCGGGUGA